AGACUAUGCAUUGUCACGUUAGCAGAGACUCAUCCGAUCCUUCAAAAUGGGCGGGCAGUCAAAAGCAUCAAUUACCAGAUCAGUAACUGCUGCAGUCGUCUGAACAAUAAAGUGUCCGGGAAGUCCAAGCGGGGGGGUCAGUUCCUUACGGAUUACGCACCUCUGUGUAGGAUAACCUGCACAGAUGAAACUGAAUACACAAUCUACAGCUGCAUCCGGGGUCGUCUGCUUGAGGUCAAUGAGAGUAUUUUAGAAACACCUUCUCUCCUGCUUGAAAAGCCAUCCACUGAAGGAUACAUCGCUGUCAUCCUGCCAAAGUUUGAGGAAAGCAAGAGCAUAACAGAGAAUCUCCUGAGCAGAGAGGAGUUCGAGAGCGUUGUCUCUAAACGUACUGUUGCCCAAUCUCAGCCGUCAUGACGGAGCUCCACACUCCUGCCUUAUUGAAGUCAAAACUGUUUGGCCGCUCCAACCAGUUUGGUAACAGACUGAGAAAGUGAUCCUGGAAAGUGACAUGGUGACUUCAAAGGGACUGCUGCAUCUAAUGCAAGCUGUGCGCACUGUGCCUCUAUGCUUAAACGUUGUUUUCAUUGUUCCAGAAAUCGAGGAAGGUUUCAGGAUGCACUCGGCAUUCAAGUUCUUUAUUUAUUGCUUGUCUUUUUUAAAUCUGGAUAAUGAGGAAACAGAGGGAAGCAUGACAAAUUAGUGGUCUGUUUAAUAUCCCCAACUAAUAUUCAGUUAUUUUUCUACAAUAAACACAACAAACGGUGA